AGUUUUGUUUUGUUGUUGUUGUCAUUUUGUCGUUGAUCAUUAACACAGAGUGACGUUAUACAGACAAAUUUGGCAAAAAUGAAUUUAAACUUUUUUGUACUUUGUAUUUUUUCAUUAUUAUUGACAAUAAAAUUAUCAACAGCCAUUGAAUAUGCACCAAUCGUUCAAACAAAACAUGGUCAAAUUCGUGGUCUAGUCAAUACGGUUGGCUUGUGGACAAAAUCCUAUCUUUAUCAAGGAAUUCGUUAUGCAACGGCCGAAAGAUUUACCAAACCAGUACGUGUUGAAAAAUUUGAUGAAGAAAUUUAUGAUGCUAUAAUGGAAAGAAAUUCAUGUCCACAAUUUUUAGGUGGUCUUGGUAAUACGGAUAGAUAUCACAAGACAAAUAAAAGUGAAGAUUGCCUGUUUUUGAAUGUCUAUACACCAACACCGAAAACCGAUGAUAGUAAUGGUGAUGGUGGUGAAAAAUUAUUACCAGUAAUGGUUUGGUUUUAUGGUGGUGGUUUUCAAUGCGGUACAAUAUUUUUUCCACUUUAUGAUGGAACAUAUCUGGCUAAUUAUGGUAAUGUUUUGGUUGUUUUUAUUAAUUAUCGUGUUGGUCCAUUUGGUUUUCUUUAUGCCGGUACCGAUGAUAUACCUGGUAAUCAAGCAUUUUAUGAUCAAAUUAUGGGAUUAGAAUGGGUACGAGAUAAUAUUCAAAAUUUUGGUGGUGAUCCUAACCAGGUAACAAUAUUUGGUGAAUCAGCCGGUUCAUUUUCAGUUUCAGCAUUAGUACUAUCACCAUUGGCAAAAGGUUUAUUUCAUCGUGCAAUAAUGCAAUCCGGUACCAUUGUACCAACUGUUAGAUUUUCUAAUAAACAAGGUGCAUUAGACAAAACUAAAAAUUUAGCAAAAAAAUUAAAUUGUAAAGUUGAUGAUAAUGAAGAAAUAUCAACAGUAAUCGAUUGUCUACGUAGUAAAUCAAUGGAAGAAAUAGUGGAUGUUGCAACUGGUAACAUAGAAGAAAUGAUUUCGAAUCAAAUGAUUGGCCCGAUUUUAGGUGAUGCAUUUCUACCGGAAGAUGUAUUGAAAUUUAAAUAUGGUUCAAAUGGCCCGGUAGAUAUAAUGUUUGGUGUAACACGUGAUGAAGGUAGUUAUUUUGUUGUACAUUUUGUACCUGAACUUAAAGAUGAUAAUACGGUAAUGAAUGAAGAAGAAAUUCGUAAAAAUAUACGAAAAAUUUUGUCAUCAUAUCAUAUUGAGGAUCAUAAAGAAAUUGAAGAUUAUUAUCUGAAACAAAUUGAUAUUAAUGAUUUUAAUCAAGUAAGGAAAAUGUUUUCCGAUAUGUUUGGUGAUUUACGAUUCAAUUGUCCGGUAAUGUUAUAUGGUCAACAAAUGGCCAGAGCAAAUCCUAAAAAUCAUUUUUAUGCAUAUCGUUUUGAUCAUCGAACAUUAGUUUCGGAUCGUAUGCAUUGUUAUGAAUGGAUGGGUGUUUGUCAUGCUAGUGAAAUACUUUAUGUAUUUAGUAAUUCAAUGUUGACAUUAUAUCCAAAAGAUUCCCAAUUAAGUAUCGAUAUAAUGAAUUCAUGGACAAAUUUUGCAAAAACUGGUAAUCCAAGUCCAAUUGGUUCUUCGUUGGAAUGGCCUGAAGCAUUUGAUGAUAAUCAAUUAUCAUCAUCAUCAACAAUGAAUUGGAUGAUUCUUGACAUUGAACAUCGUAUCGAAAAAGAUAUUUAUAAAGAUGUUUGUGAAAAAAUUUGGUCAAAACAAUAUCAUGAUUGGUUGGCAAAAUAUUUUGUUGAUAAAAGUGGUAGUAAUAAUGAAAAAGAUGAAUUAUAGAUCCUGUCUAUAAUAAAACCA